CAUGCUCGUUUCGCCGUCAUCCAUCCGAUCACGCUCGAUAUCAUGGUCAUCUCUCCAUCGUUCGGGCUAUUAAUUCCCGGUUCGAGUGGAUAAAAGUGCAAAUUUUAUCGCGUUCCACGUGUCUUCCUAUCUCGGUGUCGCGAACGACCUUGAGGUGUGCACGGUGCUCGGUCUCGAUCCCUCAUCGCUCCGAACACGUCUGCGAAUACAUAUUUUUCACGAUAUUAUCUGCCGAUAUGAAAGGAUAUCGUGGGAGCGGGGCGCAUCUCGCAGUCGUUGCAGGUGUUUUCGCGACUGCCGGCAGCCUUCUAGGAAAACUGGCCGGUGGCGCCGACGCGUCGUCUUUGGCAUCAUUAUUGCUAAAAGGAGUGCUGCUGGUCGCUAUGAUCGUGUGCAACACCGUGGGAUGCACAUUUUUUGUCAAAGCACUUCAUAGCAGCGGAUCUUCCUUGCCGAUGACGGUCGCAAGUGCAGCUACGAACUAUGUUUGUUCAGCUUUUGUAGGCUUUAUCGUGUUUGAUGAAUCUACAUCAUUGGCCUGGUGGUGCGGAACUUCCUUGGUACUUCUCGGCUUGAUUUUGAUAUGUUACGUUCCCGCUGAAAAAAGUACUCUCGUCGUCGAGGAGAAAUUAAAGCAUCAGUAAUCAGUAGCAAGGGCUUUUAUAAACGGUGACGUUCAUGAGCAUCUGCAGAAUUUUUUCCCAGGAGGGGCAUAAUUAAAAUUUUUUUGAUUCCUUAUAUUUUUCUUUCUUAAUUCUUU